AUGGUUCGUUCAGUUCUGUUACGUUUCUUGGAUAAAGCCUUCAGCUUCAGAAAGAAAUCUCGAAAUGACAAAGAAGAUGUAUAUGACGUCAUCCAAGUUGUUGCUACCAUGGAAGAUAAUAUGGAUAUUCUCAAGGUUACCCGAUAUGCACCGCUUCAUGCUCAUCAACUAGAAGGAGCUGAGACUGCCACAGUACUCGGGAAAGAUGGGGAAGUUGUAGCUAAGCAAACUCUCAUCAAAUACUCUGCUAACCAAGCUUACUGCUCUUUAACUGAGAUUUCUCCAGUCAUCGCCGGAAAAUAUGUCAAAGUCAGUGAGGUUGAUGAUGAUCGUACUAAACUGAAGCUUGUAACCAUUGAGAAGGAACGUGAGAAUCGUCGCCUGCUGCCAAUCGUUGUUCAAUUCCAUACUGUACCAGAAGCUCGUCCCAUUGAAGCUCAUAUGACCGAUCGCUUAGCUGAAGAGACACUUGGUCGUAAUAAUCUUGAACUGAAGAAGAAUGUUACAUUCGAUUCUUUCACUUAUUCCGAUACUUGGAGAGAUGAAGCUGGGUUCAUAGUCACUGACCGUAACCGAUAUGAAUACGUUACUUUUGAUGUUAGCAAACUCCUCCAAAGUCUGUCCGUCAGCUCAGAUGUCAAAAUUUCUGAAUACCUUGCCGACGAUUUAGAUGGAACUUGUGACUUCGACAAUACUGUGACUGGCUUCAAUCGCGAAAAGGUCAUUGAAUUCUUAUCACAAAACUGUACCGUUUUGAUCGCCAAGAAUGGGAAUGCAGUCGAAGGAUUUUUAGCUGGAAAGCUUGAUAAGCUCUGCUGCUUGUAUGCUGAAUCCGAGGAAAUAGCACACACUUUGUUAAAGGAGUACAUUAAUAAGAAGAAGUUGAUUCAGAUCAAUUUCUUUACAAAAGCUGACACUUGGCAAUGCGAGCCUUCAUCUAAGACACCUGUCUACCGUAGCCAUACUCGAGCUGUACCAGGAAGCAUCAAAUGGUCCAAAAUUUACGCUUUGAAUAUGGGAAUGCAUAUUGUUUAA